AUGCUGUCUUCCAUCCAGAGGAUUGAGAAUCACCUCCUAGGCAAACGUCCUGAAACUGUGUCGCCUUCCCCGCUUCCAAAGGUAGACCCGUUCACUGUCAACAGCAAAGGCAUCCAAACUCGCCCUAUGACUGAUGUAUUUGUCCGUUUUUUCGACGAGGACUUUCGGGCCGGCUUCGAAUUAGACAAGAGGAGUGAAGAAUGGAAAGAUGAUAUGGAAGAAAAAGACAGGAAAGUGUACAAGAACUUGUUCGCCAAGGUCAAGCGUGCGGUCAGAUUCUUCCUCUUCCAUGUAGACAAAUUCCCGUUAGUCCCUGACGACCCGUCGAAAUACAAAGAAGUCCUUCGAAGAACAGCCGCCGACGCAGAAGAGCGCAUCCGCCAUACACUUGAAUUCGGAGACAAGAAGAUCAGUGCUUAUACCCUUGUCAACCACCCCAACAUCAAAGACCUAGAGAACAACAUGAAUCUUCCGGUAAACACCCCCGAGGACUGGCAGAAGUUUUUCAAAACUAAAAGCUAG